GUAAAACAGGAGCAUCCUCUUACCCAGCCAGGUGGAAAGGGGUGUCCUGGAAAGAGCACCUUAAUACCAAGUGAGGUCGGUAAAUGCAGUGAGCAGGUUGCCACAGUGCAUCCCACAGAUGACACAGAAGUUGAAUUUAUCAUUACGAUGGCCCAAUGGCACAAGAGUUCAUCAGGCACUUAUAAGGUAUAUGGUAAACCCAGUGACAGCGUGUAUACCACUCUGAUGAAGAACGAGGCUGUCCAGGAUGAGCGGAAGAAACGACCAGGGGAAGAGAUGAGAGUGUCGACAGGUGAAACUGGUAAAGAAUACUUGAACUUAGGGAUGCACUUGAAGCCUUUGCCAAAAAGUCCCCAUCUUCAUAUUACAUUUAUAAAAACCAAAAAGAGUGAGAACGAUGAACAGCAAUACACCAAAAGUACCAACCAGGACUGUUUCACAUUUUGCGUUUCUGCGAUGGGGAAAGAAAGGAAAAAAAUUGUUAAAUCUUAUUAUGGUGCCAAAAGCGAUGACUAUCUGUGUGUCUAUGGCUUUCAAGGAGACACUGUAUAUGAUGCCCUGUGCAAUGACGACAGAUUUCUUCCCUGGGUGACAGAAAACAAUUGGACACUAGUCAAGGAAGGGGUCAAAUAUACAAAAAAUAUCCGUGUGGAAAAGGUAGCAAACCAAAAAUUUGAUGUGAUUGUUAAAGAAAUUAAAAAAGGAAAAUCUCAAAAUGGACUUAAAGAGAAGGUUAAGAAAAUGACCUUACAACAAAACUCAAAUUCAAAGAAAGAAAUGGAUGACUAUGGUACCGUCCAGGAAGUUGCACCAUCAGUCAGUGCUGAUAACAAGCUUUUGAAGCUAGAGAUGGCAAAGAGAGACAGGAAACCAAUUCCUUCAAUAUCGAAGCCAAAGGAAAGCAAUGUCUAUUUUAUUAAAAAGAGCAUCUUAAAAAUAUAUACUUUUUUUGAAGAGGAAAAGAACUGGAUCACAGAUUUCUUUGAGAAAGAGAAAAACAUUACUGGAAAAAGUGGCAAUGAGCUAUUUAAUCUAUAUCGAGAAGAAUUUAGUAAAGUAACUGAGGAUGCCAUGACAUCCAAAAGCUUUAAGACACUUGUUCCUUUAGUUGACUCCAUUGGAUAUAUACAUUUGACCAAGAAUGGAAGAUUUAUCUCUGGUACUUGCUUUGUCUUCUGGGAUAGGUACCUUCUUACUUGUCGACAUGUACUACAUGCCAUCAUUGGUGACGUGGAAGAACAAAAAUGGGCACAGACAAUUAGUGAAAAUGCAUUUGUGACUUUCACUGAUGAAAACCCUAAAUAUUCCAGCAAAAGAAUCAGUAUUGAGCCCUGGUUUGAGGUGGAAAGUGAGACUUUGGAUUAUGCAGUCUUAAAACUGAAGGGAAAUGAAAUUCCUAAGAGUUUAUUUAAGCAGAAGCAGAGCACUGAACUCCCCUGUAAUGGCAUGGUUUUUAUUAUUGGACACCCAGAAGGAGAGGUGAAGAAAAUUGACAUAUGUACUGUGAUCUCUCUAGCAGAUCGGGUAAAAAAGUGUCAGACAGUUCUCCAGAAUCGGCAGAAGCUAGAAUGCAAUCCUACAAACUGCCCUGACAAAGAGGAUAGAUGCAUCCACAUGUUCUCCUUGAAAAAUUUAAAAGAAGAUCAGAUGAUAAACUCUCAGGAUUGCUUGACCUAUGACACCAGUUUCUUCUGUGGAUCCUCUGGCUCCCCAAUACUUGAUACAUCUGGCCGACUGGUUGCCAUGCACUCUGCUGGCUUCAAAUAUGACUUUCAGGGUCAGAAACAGAGUAUCAUUGAGUUUGGCAUUUCUAUCAAUUCCAUUCACAAUGAUAUGAAACAGAAUCAUGAAAGUUGGUAUACUUCACUAUUUCCAUACCAAGAGGAUGUAGAAAUGGUGAAUGUUGAUGAUUCACCACCAAGUGUCUGGGGCUGACUCCUAUGUGGGGAAAGGAAUCAGCACCAGGAACUGUCUGCCCUGACGCUGAUGACAGCUCUUCCAUGCCUUCCCAUCCUUAUGCCCACACAUUUUCUCGUAAGUCCUGCACAGAGAAUCGAUAACUGACAUUUACAUAGUGCCUUAGGGUUUGCAAAACCCCUUACAGAGAUUAUUUCAUCUGAGCCUCACAACCCUGUGAUGUGGAUAUCUAAAACUCUGAGACUGGAAGAGGUAGCAUACUUGCCCAAAUUACAGGCUAGUUAGGGUUAGAGCUUGGCGUGUAAACCCACAUUUUCCCGAUUCCAAGUCCAUCCCUUUUCCCCCGCUUCAUGCUGCUUCUCCAGCUCUGAGGCAGCAAGCGAAGAAGAUGACACAUGGUCAUCCUACGUGUUCCUGUGGCAUCUUGGUGAUGAUGAGAGCUGAUGAAGGCAGACAGCCCAUUGCAUGGACUUGCAAUGAGGGUCCAUAGGAUAAUGGAGACCAGAUAUGUGAGGGAUGAUUAGGUAUGUCUGGCUUAUGGUCUAGACCACUGGAGAGAAGUACCCCCACUAUCCAGCUCAUAGAUCCCCUGAAGGCCUAUAUGACUGAAAUAUCUCUGGAUCCCCUUGUACCUCAUAAGCUUUCUCUUGUCCUUAGUUUUUACCCAGUUGGAUUACUUUUCCUGUCAUACGUAUCCUCAAUAACAUCUUCAUCACCACUCCUAGCCUGGAAGUCAUCUUUGUCAAUAGAUUACAAAACAAUAAAAACAAUACAAUUCAACAGUCA